AUGGCAUUCAACGCCAUGAUGCUGCCGAAUAUGGCAGCAACAACUACGGAGUUAUGGCCUUCGCUUGCGAAUACUGUCAUGGCUCCCUGGAAACACACGACUUCACUUCCGGCUCGUCGAUCGGUUCCUUCGAAGGAGAACAAAACGUUUGAAUCUCAACAAGCACCUGAACUUCGAAUUCCCGACUUUCUACAAAAAGUUGACUUUUCAUCUCUCUCUCGUUCACGGUUUGCUUCCAUGACACCGAUGACUGCGCAGACUACUAUCUCCAGCAUGGGCCGUGUUGGCCUUCAGGCGGCCAACCCCAUCUUGCGACACCCCUACUUUCAACCCCGCGCAUCAUCCCCGUCGUCCUUCAUGCGAUCAUUCUCCUCAUCUUCUGGUAUUCUGUCAUCUCGUGCUAUCUCGACACUCGGUCCAUUUUCUGUCCAGCGCAGAGCAUUCGGCAGCUCCAAUGGCAUUUCCCGUAAUCAGCUCGCGACAUUAGAGGAAUCCGCCAACCGAAACCCUGGUAAUGCAAACGCGCAGAAUGCUUUUUAUCAGCUUCUUCUCCGAGCCAACAUGCCUGCUAUUCUUGUGGAACGAUAUCAAUCUGGACGCUUCGCUGUCAACCCUGCAACCAAUGACGCCUAUCAGCGAGCCCUCACCAUGCUUGGUGCUAGUGCCAACCAAGCUGCGAGCGCGCCUGGAGCUAUGAAUGGAAACUUUGGACGUACCCAGUGGCCUACUUAUGAACAAGGUAUUGCUAACGCUGCCGUGGCUGGUUCUGCAACCGCUGGCAACCCUAUGGGUCAUAAGGGAGAACCCAUCCAUGUCGUCGUUCAAGAAUCGACUCGGUCUAUCAUCUUCCGCUGGGUCAAAUUCUUGGCCAUCUUUGUCGUCACUACAUAUCUGUGCUUUGCUCUCGUUACUAUUGCUAUCGAAGCUUUCAGCACUUUCCGCCAGAGAGGUCCCAACAGUAAGCAGGACUCUGAGGUCAAGGCUGAGAAGCAAAACACGAAGUUUAACGACGUUCAUGGUUGUGACGAAGCCAAGGAAGAACUCCAGGAAGUCGUCGAGUUUCUGAAGAAUCCCGAGAAGUUCAGCGAUCUAGGUGCUAAACUUCCCAAGGGUGUCCUCUUGGUUGGUCCUCCCGGUACUGGUAAAACACUUCUUGCUCGAGCCGUUGCCGGUGAAGCUGGUGUUCCUUUCUUCUAUAUGUCCGGUAGUGAGUUUGACGAGAUCUUUGUUGGUGUCGGCGCCAAGCGAGUGCGCGAGCUCUUCACUGCCGCCAAGAACAAGUCCCCUGCCAUUAUCUUUAUCGAUGAACUCGACGCCAUAGGAGGCAAGCGCAACCCUAGGGAUCAGGCACACGCGAAACAGACACUGAACCAGCUGCUCACUGAAUUGGACGGAUUUGAUCAGGAAAGCAAGAUCAUCAUUAUCGGAGCCACCAACUUGCCCAAGAUGUUGGAUAAGGCCCUUACUCGCCCUGGACGCUUCGAUCGACACGUCAACGUUGACCUGCCUGAUGUUAGAGGCCGAAUUGCUAUUCUCAAACACCACGCCAAGAAGAUCAAGAUUUCUCCUGAUGUCGACCUCGAGGCUAUUGCUACCCGAUGCCCUGGUCAUUCAGGUGCCGAACUGGAGAACAUGCUCAAUGUCGCUGCUCUUCGAGCCAGUCGAGCCAAAGCCAGCUUUGUUUCAAAGCAGGACAUGGAAUGGGCUUACGACCGAGUUACUAUGGGUUCUGAGCGCAAGUCAAUGGUUAUCACCGAAAAAGAGAAGGAAAUGACGGCUUACCAUGAGGCUGGUCACGCGCUUGUCCAGCUUUUCGACAAGGAGAGCUCAAACACCCUCUACAAGGUUACAAUUCUGCCCAAGGGUCCCUCGCUGGGCCACACUGCUCAACUUCCCCAGAUGGACAAGUAUUCCUACACGGCUGCUGAGUAUAUGUCGAAUAUUCGUGUGGCGCUCGGAGGCAAGAUGGCCGAGGAGCUGCGAUACGGCGGUGAUAAAGUGACCUCGGGUGUUUCAUCGGAUCUUGAGAAGGCGACUGAUCUAGGAUUCAUGAUGGUCACCCUUUUCGGCAUGUCUAGCGUGUUAGGACCUGUUGAAUAUGGCCGAAGAUACGAGAAUCUCAGUUCUGAAACCAAGGCAGCAAUCGAAGGCGAAGUCCAAAAAACGAUAAGAAAGUCAUAUGAGGAUGUGCGAACGCUGUUGACCGACAAGCGAAAAGAAUUGGAUUUGCUCGCCAAGGCUCUCGUGCAGUAUGAGACCUUGGACAAGUCUGAAGUGGAGAAGGUGAUUCGAGGCGAGAGUCUCCCCGGACGUAUCAUCGCACCCAAGGGACCUAUGAAGUUGCCUAUGCCUCAACAAUCUCCUACGCCACCUGGUCUUGGUGGCGUUCCCCAGCCUCAUCCUCCGGAGAGCCCUGCACCACCAGCUGCAGCAGACACAUCUAGAACUGAGGGUUGA